AAUAGAACUUUUACGUACAAACAUGAAGGGUAAUACCGGUAACAAAAGUGAGCAAAUCCUAGUUUUUAUUUCAGCGGUAAACCCAGACCCCAGUAGCAAAGAGACACUGGUUAUUAGAUAAGGCUUCACAAUACGCAUAGUCGGAGCUCGAAGCUCCUUUUCAUCCCAGUAGCAUAUGCAGCUUUAAUGCCCCCUUCAACCUAACCACUUACAGAGAGCACUUGGGUUUUGCCUUUGGUUUUCUUAUUUCAGCUUCAGUAGGUAAAGACAUGGAGGUUGCUAGCGUUCAAAAUGGUGGUAGCAUCAUGUGGUUCUUCAGAGACAAAGGUUUUGAUGAUAAAAGUAUCAACAAAAUGUUCAAAAAGUGUAAGCGCCUUGAGGGUGUGCAGAAGGAAAGAGCCUCGGAGAACUGGUCUUACCUGAAUAGCAUUGGCAUUCAAGAGAGAAAGCUACCUUCUAUUGUUUCCAGGUGCCCCAAAAUUCUUGCUCUUGGUCUAAAUGAGAAGAUUGUCCCCAUGGUAGAGUGCCUUGCUACUCUUGGAACUAAACGCUGUGAAGUCGCUUCUGUCAUCGCUAGAUUCCCUCAGAUAGUCUCGCACAGUGUUGAAGAGAAGCUUUGCCCACUCUUGGCUUUCUUCCAAGCAUUGGGAGUCCCCGAAAAGCAACUACGCAAAAUGAUAUUGCUGAAUCCUAGGCUCAUCAGCUAUAGCAUUGAAUCUAAACUCACAGAAAUAGUUAACUUCCUUGCCACCCUUGGCCUUACCAGAGAUGGGAUGAUAGGUAAAGUUCUGGCUAAAUACCCGUUUAUAAUGGGUUAUAGUGUCGACAAAAGGCUACGUCCUACAUCCGAGUUUUUGAAAUCAAUCGGUCUGUCGGAGACAGAUCUUCAAAGAGUGACCAUGAACUUCCCUGAAGUCUUGUCUAGAGAUGUUAGCAAGGUUCUAAGACCCAGUUUUGCGUAUCUCCAAAGAAGUGGGUUUGGGGAUAGACAGAUAGCAGCUAUGGUGACUGGCUAUCCCCUGAUUCUUAUCAAGAGCAUAAAAAAUUCUUUAGCACCUAGGAUUAGGUUCUUGGUUGAUGUGAUGGGGAGGCAAACCGAUGAAGUAGCUAAUUACCCUGACUUCUUCCAGCACGGUUUGAAGAAGAGAAUAGAGUUGCGGCACCUGCUUUUGAAAGAAAAGGGUGUCAAUUGUAGCUUAAGGGAAAUGCUAGACUGCAAUCAGAAGAAGUUUCUAUUAAAAUUUGGUUUGUUUAAAGGGCAUGCCUAAGGUACCAUAAGCCAUUAGCCACAUUCCCAUUCUCUUUGAUGAUCAUUCUUCGUAU